AUCAUUCUGUAUUACUAUAUUAAUAUUAGAGCUUCACUACAGUCAUUUCUUGGAAAUAGAGUCAUAAAGUUAAAAAACAGUGCCGGUGAAGGAAGCAAUUGAGUUGGAGUAGUGGGGAUAGCCGGCAGCAGCCUAAUCCUACCAGCUUCCACCCAAACAAACAGGUGUGUCUCUGACAAUAUUAUUGUUUUCAUCUACUUUCGACUUUACAAAGCAAUAGUGAUUUAUUUUAAUUUUAUCAUUAUUUUUUUUUCUAAUCAACAUGGUUAAUUGCAAACUGUGUUCUAAAACAGUAAGCCGAGAAGACAAAACUAAAAUAGUUUGUAUCACGUGUCAAAACCUAUUUCACGUGAAAUGUACAAAAAUUGAUUCUACAGACUUAGAAGGCCUAAAAGAGACCAGCAAAAAAUGGAGAUGUAGCGAUUGCGAAUUAUUAUCGGGUACGUUGCCAGCUGCUGAGUCUAGUAGUAUACUUGACCUACUGAGAGGGCUCACCGAGGAGGUCAGGGAAUUGAAGUCCAAACUUCAAGGGAUAGACGAACUGAAGGAGAUAAAAGAAGCCCUACAGAAGCAGUCGGAACUCUCAUUUGAGAACAUGGACCGUCUGUUAAAAAUAGAAACACUCUUAGAGGAUCAGAAAACCCAUGUUGAAAAUUUGACAAUUGAAAACAACAAACUCAAAACAAAAAUAUCAGAGCUUGAAAUCCGACUAAAUUUUACAGAACAAAAUUUGUUAGACAGACGGUGA